CAUGGUUAGUGUUUUAUGCUUGACUGGAGGGAGGGGUCGGACACUUAGGCAGGAAAAAGGAGCCCGGUUUUGUGCUUUUUAAUGUGACAUUCUAAAAGCUAACGGGAACGUCUACACUUUCCAGUUAGAAUGGAAAUUCCAGCCAUAAAUUUGAAGGCCAUAGUGCUAGUCCACUGGCUGCUGACCAUCUGGGGCUGUAUGGCUUCGCUGCCAGCCUCUUAUGCUUGGGGGAACUUCACAAUCCUUGCUGUGGGCGUGUGGGCCAUCGCACAGAGGGACUCCAUUGAUGCUGUGCUAAUGCUCCUGAUUGGGAUGAUUGUGACCAUGGUGACGGACAUGGUUCACAUAGGGCUUUUCUACCCAAUGGGUGAUUCCUUGCCAGAGCGUGCCCGCGACACAUUCCACUUCAGCGUGGGAAUGGCCAUCCUCAGUCUCCUGCUCAAACCCGUGUCCUGCUUCUUCGUCUAUCAAAUGUACCGUGAGAGGGGCGGGGACUACAAUGUCAACUUUGGCUUCCCCACUGUUACCCGCAACCGAGACUCUUACCAGUCCAUUGACCAGCAGGAUCAGUCCAGCAGCCCAAGCACGGCAUACGGGCAAGCGGGGGACCCCAAAUCUGGGCCACGUUCCUACUGAGAGAGACAUGGCGGAGCAUGUUGGGGCUAGCUGGGGCUAGCACUUCCACACCACUAUUUGUAGCUUGGGGAAAUCUAAAACAUUCCCUUGUUGCUGCAUAUAAGCAUAUCUGUUAUGCAUUUUUUGCCUGUUAUGUUAUCCCCUAAUCUUUAGUGCUAUUUUGUGUAGUAGCCAUUUUUCCUUCUUUUCCUCUUCAGCCUGCCUCAGCCUGUUCCUAUUGAGAGACAUAGGAGAGCAUGUUGGAGCUAGUUGAGGGCCUUUUGUGGGUAGGCUGAGGGGGGCAGGGUGUGAAAAGGUGUUUUGUGCAUUUCCUGAAAUCAGUGUCUUACUUCAAGCUUGAAAACAGGUGAGACGUUAAAAAAAGCUGUAUUUUCUCUGAAUGUUUCAUUCAGUUCAAAGAAUGUCAUACAUGGACAUAUGUGCUUUAUGUGCUCAGAGCUCUGACUAAUGACAUGGUCCAGAAUGCAUCAGCAGGUUCUGGUUCAAUAAACUAUUGGGAACCCAAGGGAGUGGCAUAUCAGUACUAACAACAUUUUUAUCGCUAACACUGGAUUGUAUUAAUAUUUAUAUUCGAGUGUUUAGUGUUAAAGGUAGCUUUGACUUAAAAAAUAUUAAACUGUAUUUUAAGCAGUUUGGUGUUGAUAACUAUUCAGCUGAAGUGGUGAUACAGUUGGUAAACAAAUGUUGGUAAUUGUUGAGCGCUUAUUAGCAGACUGCUGUUUGUUUGCCAUUUUCAGUGUGGAUUUCAGAGGAGGAAAUGGUUUGGGUUUGUGCAGUACUCAGAAAAGUGUGGUGAUUCACACACCAAAGUAUCUCCCAUGUCCUAACUGUAGCAUAUGAGCUUGUGCCAUGCCCGUACUGCAGGAUAAGGGAAUAUGUGCUCCUACUGUAGCAUAUGAAUCAUCCUAAUAUCCAACUUCAGGAUUUAGGAACACUUUUCAUAGCCUUACUGUAGCACACAGGAAUCUGCAUUCCACCCACUGCAGUGUAACCCCUGCAACACCCCUACCAUAGCAAUUACACAUUUAUUCUAUGCCCUUGUGGUGUGGGGAUGGCUGAUUUAAGCAGCCACACCUGCCCUGGGUCAAGCUAAUUAGACCUGGCCAAUUGGAUAAUUGGUUAAGAAUUAGAUAAUUGGUCAGGCUAAUUGGACCCAGGAACAGGAGUGGCUGCACCUGUGCAUAGUGAGGUAAUCACUGCGCACAGGUUAAAUCUGCCAUCCCCACCCACACAAGGGAGCCUCUGUCAUGACAGCGUUUUGCUGUCCCCUUGCAAAUAAAUCUGGACUGCUUGAACAUCUUCUCCCUGUGUCUCUGUGCUGGAGGGCCCCUAGGAAAGCCACUUCGGUGGCCUGUGGCAGGCGUGUUUGCCACAGCCCUUAUUAUUACAGCAUAGUGGAAAUUUUUCCAUAUGCUUAUUAUAGCACAUCCAUGCCCCCAAUGUCGCAUAAGGGAAUAUCAACUAAAUCCCUGUUGUAGCAUGUAGGAAUCUCCUGUGCUAAUCUCCUAUUGCACCAUGUAGGAAUCUCUGUCAUGCCCCUAUUAUAACAUACAUCUGUGCCGCAGUCUUUAUAGCACAUCCACACCACUGUGUGUAACUUGUAGAAAUUUUAAACAUUCCCUUAUUGUUACACAUGAGAAUAUCUGUCAUGCCCGUAAUCUUUAGUGCUGUCUUUGUGUUGUGGGCAUUUUUAUAUCUUGAAAGUCUUUCUUCUUUAGCCUCAUGCUGCUGCCGCUUUAUUUGUGAAUAUUUAUACUUGUACAGAUUUGUCAACAGGGUUUGGCUCGAGGUGGAAUGAAGUUACUGGCCGUUUGGCUCACUCGGCCCUGACUGGACUUUAAUUGAGUGACAUGGCAGAGACAGGGUCUCACACUUGCUUCAGUGAGAUAAUGUUAGGCCUUCAGACGCAGUUUAACUCGCACUGGUUUUCACCAGAUCCGGGUGGCGGAACACGUGACAGAGUUUCUGUGAAGUUUUUGUCUUUUGAGCUGCAGUAUUUGUCCCUAUGGUUUUUUUAGGAGUUGUCUAUUUUUAGCUUAAACUAAAGUCGAUUAAAGUGAAUCCAAAAAAAUGUAUUAGAAGUGAAGAAUGAGCUACAGAACCACGUGGUCUUCUUUAAGCAGAGAAGAGUUUUUGCAGCUGUCUUCAUGGAAUUUGUUAUCAUUGCUUUAGAAGAAUACGCCUUCAGUUUGUACUGCUUAAGACAGUCAUACGGAGGGUACAGUCUCUUACUGAAGUGGCUCUGAUCUUUAUUAAUCUCUAUUUCCCAAUUUUAUGUCCUCAUUUUUUUGUUUGCGUAUUGCAUGUCACUAUGCUUCAGAUCAAGGAUAGUGCAGAUUUUUGCUGUUUACUUAUGUGUAACUGAAUAAAAAGUGUGUAUUGCUAAUAUAAUUAAGAGGUGUGUAACUGCUGUGUGUGUAGAUUUUUAUAAUCACCCACUCAGGAAUCCUAGGAAAACCUGUUGGGUUUUUUUUUUUUUUUUUUACGUUGAUGACUGCUUAUCAUUGUGAUUGUUAUAGUAGUUCAACAGAGAUCACCCUGGUUCUGCAGAGGCAAGCAACCCUGGUACUGGACUGUAGCAGUUUCUCCACUAAUGGUUAGGUCUUGAAACUGAAUGGAGCUAAAGCUUGGGAGGUCUAUACGUAAACUAAAGCUAAACUCUGGAAACCACUGAGUUUUCUAAAUUAACCUCUGUCCAAUGUCUGUAGUGAAUCAGCAUGAGUGUUUCUGCUCCUUUUUCUAUGGUGGCAUCAGUGUCUGAUUCUCACAGUUGUGCUAGCGAGCUGGCCGUCUUGCGGUUGACUAGAAUGAAAAUAGUAUCAAAAUGGUUUAUGAAAAACAAUGUGGUAACUCCGCCUUGAGCCAUGUGGUCUGUGUUUGGCUCAGGGCCCAAAGUUCAAAGUUUUGAGUUUAAAGAGCUCACUGUUGGCCUCACUCACAGGCCCACAAGCCUUAAAAAAGACAGUGGGAAAGGUACCUGUGGGUGAGUUCUGAAGAGCUGCAUUUCUGUUGAGUUCUGAUAUUGGGAAGGGGGCUAUGGUACUAAAACAAGUUCUGGGCACAUGCUUUGUUACAAUCCCUGUGGGGAAGUAAAACAAUGAAUGUAUCAACUACACUGGAUCACUGAGUAGCAUUAUUCCAAAUUAAAUAUGUGCUGCUUUCAUAAUUAAAUGUUCUGUGACUCCACCCGUAUGUUCCUGCCUGAUCUGAAAUAAAUUAACCUGCUGGUCGAACUGGCAUUUCAUUAUUUAUUGCCUUUCUGUUGUUCAAGGGCAUCACAGGUCAAUCAAUGGGGAAAUAAACCAUUCAAGUAGAGUAUUGAUUAUUGUUCAGAGACUGCCCCUAAGUGUCCUUUAAUGUGUGGAGCAGGUGUCCUGUAAUGCAUCACGUGCGGUUUGACCAUUCAGUGCAUGCGUUUGCCCUUGGGAGCCUGGCUGCUCUGCUGUAUAACUCAGGUGUCUUCUCUUCCUCUCUCAUCUUCUACCCCCACUAUUAGCUUCUUCUCCUUUCUCCUCUUGCUCAAUACACAAAAAAAUGAAUCAGUGCUUGAGAUGUGCCCUGCCUUCAUGUCUAUAAGAAAUAUGAGAGCUUUCCAUUUUCAGUUCUAAUGUGGAUUUUGAGGUUUGUUAGAAGUUGACCAGUUCAUUAUCCUUUUUGUGCUGUAUUUGCCAGUGAGCUUUCUAUAUUAGUUUGGUCUGUUCUGUUAGAUGAGUGUCUGUGCUGUAUUUUUAUUGUGUUGUCAUGCUGUAGUGUCAUUUGACAGACACACCUUGUCUCUUCUGCUCCAUUUCCUGAUCACUAAGCAAUGUAAAAAUCAGAACAUGAAUUUUGUGUCAUUCUAAUACCAGAGUGCUUUAAAUAAAAGUCAAAGUAGAAAAAAGAUA